AUGCUCAGUGAACUGUUUCUUGAUCAUGAAAAUAUUGGUUCGUAUUAUCAGAAUCGUGGAAUACUGACCAAUGUACAAGGAGAUUAUGAUAAAAGUAUCGAAUUAGAACAAAAAGCACUCGAACUUAAAUUGAAAAGACUGAAUCCAGAUGAUCCUCGUAUUGGAGGUGUUUUCUGCAAUAUUUCCAGUAUUUAUUGUAACAAAGGUGAUUAUCAGAAAGCGCUUGAAGCAUGCAACAAAGUAUUGAUUAUUUAUAAGCCGACACUAGGUGAUGAACAUCUUAAAAUAGGCGGGUGCUACCAAAAUGAAGCAACUUUUCGUCAUUUAUUUCUUGAUUAUUGGUUUUGUAUUCAUACAAAUCGUAGAAAGUACUCAAAAUAUAAUCGAACGCGCUUAGUUGUGACUAUAUUUGAAGAACCGUUUAUGAUGUUAAAAAAGAACCGUAAUAAAACAGUAAAUGAAACAAGUAUUUCACGUGGUGAUAUUCUUGAUCCAUCAUUAGUUGAAGGUUACUGUGCUGAUUUAGCAUAUAUUAUAUGUCAUGAUAAAUUAAAAUUACCAUAUAAAUUUCUUAUUGAAACAAAAUAUGGAAGUGAAAUAGAAAAAGGUGUUUGGAAUGGGAUUAUUGGAACAUUAAUUAAUCGUGAAGCUGAUUUAUCUAUAGCACCAUUAACUAUAACAGGAGCACGAGAAAAAGUAGUCGAUUUUUCAAAAUCCUUUAUUGAUUUUGGUAUAUCAAUAAUAAUACGUAAACCUAAACAACAAAAAUGUAGAACAUUUUUAUCUAUGCUACCACGUCCAAUAGAAAUCGAAAUUUUUGCUAUUAUUUCUUAUAUAGUUGUUCGUAUUUUUUCGUUUUUUAUCAGUCGAUCUUCAUCUUAUUUAUGUCGUUUUGAAAGUAAAAUAGAUGGUGGUCGACAAGAUAAGCUUUCUAUACAAGAUGCAUUAUUUUUAUCAUUAUCAGUUUUUAUGCAUCAAAAUGUUGAUCUUUUACCACGAUCAUUGUCAGGUCGAAUGGCAGCAAGGGCUUGGUUGUGUUUUAGUUUAAUAAUUGUAUUAUUAUGUGCAAUUAACUUUAUAGUGUUUUUAACAUAUGAAAAAUCAGUACGACCAAUUGAAACAAUUGAAGAUCUGGCUAAACAAACAGAAAUUCGUUAUGGAACAAUAAGAAAUAGUUCAACAAUGACUUUUUUUAAUAAAUCGACGUUCACAACAUUUAAACAUAUGUGGAAUUUUAUGGAACAACAUAAAGAUGAUGUCUUUGUUGCAUCAAAUCGCGAAGGUAUUGAAAAAGUUCGACGAUCAAAAGGUACAUUUGCUUUUCUAACUGAAUCAACAUUCAUUGACUAUGCCAAUAAACGUGUGCCAUGUGAUACAAUGCGUAUUGGUGAAAAUCUUAAUACAAAAGACUUUGGAAUAGCUACACCAUUGGGUUCAGAUUUACGUGAAGCAAUACAUACAGUUGUCUUGGAAUUAAAAGAAAAUGGAUUUCUUGAACGUUUAAAACAAAAAUGGUAUUAUGAAAGAAGUGAAUGUACAACUAUUGGUGCAGAAUAUUCGAAACCUACAACACAAUUUAAUUUAGUUAAUGUUGUAAGCAUAUUUUACAUUGUAAUUAUGGUUCUUGGCAUAGCAAUGGUUAUUACAAUUUUAGAAUUUUUACUUAAAGCAAAAAUACGUUCGAAUCGGUUAAAUUAA